GCACGCCAUCUUUAAACCCCAGAAGAAGGCACUGUUCUGCGCAUCUGCGCCGGGGAUAAAGAUUCACAGUCUGCGUUGUGCGCUGUUUUUUGCCAGAUUUUAUACGUGUGGUCGGUUUAACGUACAAACGAUCUAUUGUUUAUAGGAAACGAGAGAAUUACAAACACGGUGAAGUUCUAGGUUUGUUCACUGCCGUAUUGACAUCGAGAAUUUAUUGGCGAAAAACAACGGCCAAGGCGUUGUUAUUAGCCAGCUAGCAAGCUAGCUGCUAGCUCUCUGUUGUUGCCAUUAAGAUUCAGGGAGCGUUGUUCAAAAGGCGUAUUAUCCCCUCUUUGUUGCCAUUUGUGCUGUUUGCUUCGGACUCGACUGCGUGGCUGCAGUAGGUCCCGACUUCUCCCCCCUCCCCUGCGGCCCAGCCGGAGAUGAGUGGAAGAUGUCCGUUUCGGGACUGAAGGCCGAGUUGAAGUUUCUGGAGUCCAUUUUUGACCCGAAUCAUGAACGUUUUCGAAUCAUUGACUGGAAGCCGGAUGAGCUGAGCUGCCAGUUCAACGUAACCGGAGAGAAGCUGCUAAUCAUUCACUGCAACAUCACGGAAUCGUACCCGUCGACCCCUCCAAUAUGGUUUGUGGACUCCGAUGACCCUAGCCUGACUCAGGUGUUGGAGAGGCUUGACGAUGUCCGAAAGGGCAGCACACUGCUCCUGCAGCAACUGAAGAGGCUGAUCUGUGACCUGUGCCGCCUCUACAACCUGCCCCAGCACCCGGAUGUGGAGAUGCUGGACCAGCCCCUGCCUGCUGGGCCUGUCAAUCAGGAACGCAAGCAUGCCACCACAGAUGAGGUCACCUCAGAGGAAGAGGAGGAGGAAGAGAUGGGAGAGGACAUCGAGGAUCUGGACCACUAUGAGAUGAAAGAGGAGGAGCCGGUGGAUGGGAAGAAAUCGGAGGACGACGGCAUCGAGAAGGAGAACCUGGCCAUUCUCGAGAAGAUCCGCAAGAACCAGAGGCAGGAUCACUUGAAUGUAAGUGCUCAUUCGGGUGCGGUGUCUGGCUCUGUGCAGGCCUCAGAUAGACUGAUGAAGGAACUCAGGGAGAUCUACAGGUCUCAGAGUUAUAAAACAGGGAUCUACUCAGUGGAGCUGGUCAACGACAGCCUGUAUGAGUGGCACGUCAAACUGAGAACGGUAGACCCUGACAGCCCCCUGCAUAGCGACCUGCAGGUCCUGAAAGAGAAGGAGGGAAUGGACUACAUCCUGCUCAACUUCUCCUACAAAGACAAUUUCCCCUUUGAUCCUCCGUUCGUGCGGGUUGUCUCUCCUGUCCUGUCUGGAGGUUAUGUCCUUGGAGGAGGUGCCCUGUGCAUGGAACUUCUAACCAAGCAGGGCUGGAGCAGUGCCUAUUCCAUUGAGUCUGUCAUCAUGCAGAUCAACGCCACUUUAGUCAAAGGAAAAGCCAGAGUGCAGUUUGGAGCCAAUAAAAACCAAUACAAUCUUGCCAGAGCACAGCAGUCAUACAAAUCCCUUGUGCAGAUCCACGAAAAGAAUGGCUGGUACACACCCCCUAAGGAGGAUGGCUAGACGGUGGCCAUGUUGGCAUGAGACCUGGGGCUGGGCCGGGUGUGUGUUCAUGUCGUCAUCGUUUCUCCCUUCUGAUUUUACUCUUAAUUAGUUUGCUGACUGGAGCUCUUCAGUGGGGUGGCCCCUCCACCCCUCCUCCACCUCCGCCCCACCCCCCCCCCCCCCCAGACUGGUUUCACCUUUUUUGACCUUGGCAAGCGGACGGUAUCAGAGUCCUCCCCACUCCCUCCACCCCUAACUGACAACCACAUCAUGUAACCUCACAAGAAGAACUCUCCCCUCGUUUUCUCUCUCUCUCUCUCGCGCUCUCUCUCUCCCUCUCGCUCUCUCUCUCACACACUUUUGUUUUCAUCCUUUUUUUCGUCAGCAGCGUGAUGGCUGUGAUUCCAAUGGACAGAACAAGCUCCUUUUGACUUCAACCAUGUUAGUAGUUGUGGACUGGACUACAAAAGAGGGGGGGAAAGAAAAGAAAAAGAAAAAGAAGAAGAAAGAAAAGAUGGAAAAAAGAAACAGACAAGCCCACUCCUCCCCCUCCUUUAAAAGAGUGGCAUGGGUAGGGUGGAGUUUGGUGACCUGGUGAGUUUGUUGUGGAGAGGGGACGCUAACGUAUGCUGUGGUUGGCUUCUGUGAUGUUCUGUCUAUUUGUACGUAUGUAUUUCCCAUACAACACCGAGACUCCCUGUAUUGGAAUAAGAUGUCCUAAGGCUAUCCCCCGUUUGUUUUGCCUGAGGCCUGUACGCGCAAGCCACGAUAGCAUGGAGGGGUGGGAAGAGGCCGAGCAUAAAGGGAAAGUAAAAUGAUCAUGGAAGGACAGUCUCAUGGUGGGAGUGGUUGAGAACAUGGAAGGAAGGAGAUUGCCCUCAACCAUUGCUUGUCGCCUCCUCAAGCGUCUGCGUGAUUGGCUACAACCUGGCAGUUCCCCUCGUGGAGAAAUGACCAGGCUUAGCAGCGGCAAGGUUUGGUUUCACUCACUGUAAACUGUAGUAGAAUUUAACUCCACAUUGUAAACAUUGUACUUAUGAGAAUGAAUCUUCUUACUUUUUUCUGUUUUUCUUUCUUUUUUUUUCUUUUUUUUUGUCCCUGAGGUAUUCUUACUAUAUGUGAGUGGGUGGGGGAGGGUACAGGCUACAUUUCUUUCCUCAUCAGAGCUAUCUGGACCAGUGGCACUUGACCUUGCAUACAGAAAGUAAUGCAACUUUGCCAGACGUUAAAUCCAUUUCUCCUUGUGGACGUUAGGAAAGCGAUCAAAUUCAGAGGCAUACCUUCCAACCCAUGUUUUCUUGUAAAGCAUUUUCAUGACUACUGCUGUUAUUGUUUUGUUUUCUUUCGUCUUAGUUUUCCGUAAUAGACUGAAAUGCUAAUGUCCCUCAGCUAUUUCUCAAUGGCUGUGACACUGCUUUCAUCUUAAUGCCUACGGUGAUCAUUCCUCUAUAACUAAUGUUGAUGGUGUUGCAAUAAGCGCAGUUGUGCUGGUUAAUUCCUUCACCAGUUCAUCACCACAAACACAGGACUUUUACUUGUUUUGGUUUUGGUUUGGUGACGUCCUCUGUCCAGCUCAUAUACGAUAGACAAAUUUAAGUGACAGACUUAACAGAACUUCAUUAUUAGUUGAAUGAUUAACACAAGUGAUCUUUGCUAGUGUUUGCGUCAUGGGGACUUUCUACCAGCGGUUGUCAUUUUGGACUGGAAGAGAUUGAUCAAGCUAUGAGACACUGAGUGUACGAGCAGGUGUGGAGACGCAACUAGCAUCUGUUCUCGUCAGUUUGAGGACGAAGCGAGUGACCGAGAGCUCCCAAUGGAUGCACACGAAACAUUCACGUCCACACCUAAUGUCUGCUCAACAGAGAAGCCACCUGUGGAUUCCUUGUAAACACACCCUGGUUAGCAUAACUAUGUGAUCUUAGUUAUAAUGCAGUACUAAUAUGCAGAAUUCCUCCCUGCGUUCUGUUGCCAGGGAAGAAGUUCAGAGACUCUGUUCAUUCCUCAUGGACAACUUCUAGUAUGUCGUCAUAAGGGCUCUGGAUUAAUAUACCUGUCUAAGUGGACAGUCGAGUCGUUGGACAGUCUGUCUCACUGGUGUACAUGUAGUCCAUCCUAAGAUCAGACUUACCCACAGGUGUAAAGUCGGUGCGAUUUCGUUGACUUGAAUGACCCUUCAUAUCGAGUGCCCAUAUAGUGAUUUGCCCCGGCUCUUCCCACAAACCGCAGUGACGAAACACAAACUGACUUCCGUGGAUGAUGUACCUGAACAUGCUCCUCAAAAACACGCAUCAUGUAGGAACUACCGAUUGUGUUCUCCUUCCUAACAUUGGGAAGUGUUCAUUUCUCCAUUGUUUUAAUAUCUCACCCCUCUUUCCAGUAUAACUUCUACUCCAUUAAUACUCAAGGAAUACUCUCUUGUUGUAGGUGGCCCCAGGAAAUGACCUUUUCCAGUGUUCAGGAAGAUUGUUUUUUUUUGUUUUUUAUUAUUAUUAUUAUUAUUAUUAUUAUUAUUAUUAUUAUUAUUUUUUUGAUUCUCCGAGCACUAAUGUGUGCUCCGAGAGUCCAGGGACAGGCCUUAUUUUGUUCUGUGUUGAUAGAUGUCAGUUGGUGGUUCCCUACCCAAUGCUCCUACUAGAGCUGACUGUUGACAUUGCAAGCAACUGUUGUAUUAAUCCAAACCAUCCUGCCCCCAUCUCCUGCCGCUAUUCUUAAACACACACACACACACACACACACACACACUCGUUCAGACUACUGCCCAAACGUACUCGCCCCGAGCUCCCGGACCGGACCAGAGUGCAUCAUCAUGGCAGCCGCAUCACUUUUCUGAGUCCUUUUAGAGUUCCAGUGGUCAUCAGUCCUCCUGAUUUCCACUUGUGCGUUCCACGCAGGCUGUUAUCUCACUAACCGUUGCUGGGGUCCCGGUGUGUGUAUGUUGGGAGGGGUGGGCUGGGCUGGGCUGGGCCUUCAAUAUGUACUGGUUCAGGUCAUUGGCCCUUUGUUGUUAUUGGGUGGGUUAUGGAGUUAAGCACUGUUAGCAUGCUUUUCAAUUUUUGUUUUAUUUCUUUUUUUUUUCAUUGUAAGUGUAAUUUUGACCAUGUACAGUAAUUUGUAAACUUGCAUCAAGUUUAUGAAUAAAGAAUUUUAAGAAUAAAUGUUA